CAAACGCAAGAAUUGAACAUUUGUUUGGUUCGAAUUCGACGCUCGAGAAAUUACGGGUAAUAGUAGUUAACCCCAGGCGGAACUGAUGAAGACCCGACGUCGGCCGCGAUGAUUGAGUCCGAGAACUUGCGUACGGCGUCGCUGUACAUCAACAACCAGCUGCUGUCCCGGGGCCUGCUGCGCGAUGGCCACAACAUCGACUUCGCCCAUCCGGGCGACAGCGAGGGCGAGGUGGCCGAGACCAUGGGCCGUAUCAUGGGCGUCGUCAAUGACCUCAUUCUGCGGCGGGAUCGCGACGCCGAGCACCGCGAGUCGCUCUCGGCCACCCUCCGGACCCUCCGCGCCGAGUCGCUACGGCAGGCCAACGACAUCCAACGCCUGCAGGAGAAACACGCCGAGGCACAGCGCAAGGCCGGCCUGAGCGAGGCCGCCGAGGCGGCGCUGCGGACGCACCUCAAGACGGCCGAGGCGACGAUCCACCGCCUGAAAGAGGAGGCCGCUCGCACGAAGACGCUCGUGGCCCAGACCAGAGCCUCGUGCGCCAACGAGGUGCGCAAGCGGGACCGCCAGAUCGAGAGCCUGAAGAAGGCCGUCACCGAGGCGGGCAGGGCGAGGGGCGUCGGCAAGAGCCCCGCCGUCACGACCAUCACGGUGACGGGCGACAUCGGCAUGGGGCCCGAGACCGAGCAGGCGGCGCCGCCCGUCAGCGCGGGCAGCGCCGCCGACCAGGGCUACGACUUGCGCUCCGAGACGAACGCGUUCCUCGCCGAGCUCGCCAAGGGCCUCAGCGAGGAGAACGAGGGCCUGAUGCAGCUGGUGCGGCGGACGAUCGAGCGGCUGAAGGAGAUGAGCGGCUGGGACGUCACCAACGGGGGCGGCCCUACCGGGUGCGCGGGCGACGGGCACGCGCUGGCGCUGGCGGCCAACCCGGCCGACAUGUCGCUCGAGGUCGACGCCGUGCUCGAGCAUCUCCGCACGAUCCUCACGAACCCGUCGUUCGUCCCCAUCGAGGAGGUCGUCGUCCGCGAGGACGAGAUCCACAGGCUGCGCGACGGCUGGGAGAAGAUGGAGACGCGCUGGAAGGAGGCCGUCCACCUGAUCGACGGCUGGCGCAAGCGGAUGCAGGCCAGCGGCCGCCCGGUGAACGUCGAAGAGCUGAAGAUGGGCCUGCGGCUGAGUCCGGUGCGGGUGAGGAACGUUGAGGAGACGUCCCAAGGACUGGACCUCCGUUUGGAUGCCGUGCUUGAGGACGAGGAGGAAGCGGAUGUUGUGCCGCACGACGGCGACGAAGGGAAUUUGGGCCUGGUACAGGAACCCGAGUUCGACGACGGUUACAGCGAUGCUUCGAGCAUGUUCGACCACAACGUGGACGAUGUGGACGUCUGCGACCUUGACGUGGAGGAGCCGAACGUGGAGAUUCUGCAACAAUCGGUCAUGUUCGCGUCCCCGCCUUUACCGCCGCCGCCGCAGCUGGGCCCGCUGCGCGAUUCGAGCACGGCAGGGAAUCGACGCGAGCGCCCGGACCGUGGACAGCGGCCCGUCGGUUUUGCAACCAUCACACAAGAAAAGACGCGGGAGGUCGCUGGGGAAGACGCGCCGAUGCCGCCGCCGCCGCCGCCGCCGCCUUCUCAGGGGGAAAGACCACAGCAGCCGCCGCAGAAGAGGCCACUCUUGUCAUUACGAACGGUACCACCGGAGGAGGCGGCUAACGUUGCCCUGCCUGCAUCGGCCGUCGUUUCCACGCCGGAUACGUCGGUCGAGAACAUGCCGCUCAGCAAGGCAACUGACGAACCCGCGACAAAACCGCCAAGGGCCGCGACAAAGGCCGAGCAGCGUCCAGCACCGACCCCCAAGAAGAAGGAGGCGGUAAGGAAGGAGACCACUGCUCGGGAGCUUACGCAAAAGAAGGAUCGGGAAGAGACCAAGGCUCCUGCCUCCAGGCCGCCCGCCAAGGCACGACCUACCAAGCCUCCUAUCACCAGGGGCCGGACAGAAACGCGGAAGGACGAGAAGGGUAGCCACCCAACUAAGGCCACGCCCCGCGCCAGGUCAGCAGCGUCAACCGCGUCCGCUGCCUCGGCCAGCUCCUCCAAGUCUGCCGGUGCCGCCAAGAACGUGAUCACGGACAACGUGAAGGCCCCUCGGCCGCCGAAAGCGCCGGCGCCCGCACAGUCUCCCAGCCGCUCACCGGUACGCGCCAACUCGCGCCUGCCGAUGCCCCGGCCCGGCGGCAACGGCGUGCUGCCGGCGCCGCAGCAGUCCCCGCUGAACAUGGCCACCAUCGCCGCCAAGCUGGCCGCUUCGGAGCGCGAGGCCGACGCCGCGCGCGUGCGCGCCAAGCUCAAGGCGGCCCGCCUCGGCAAGGGCGUCGUCAGCCUGCCGCCGCCGGGAACGGGCGGCGGCGGCGGCGGCAGCGGCACGGCCGGCAGCGCCGCCACUUGCCCUGCCGAAGCUGAUGCGGGCGGUGGUGGUAGUGGUGGUGGCGGCGGCGGCACGAGCACCCGCUCAGAGAGCGACAGCGCCGCCGGUUCGGCGUCGACCGCUGCGUCCGCGUCGGACGCCGCGCCGAGUUCUGCCACCACCGCCGCUCGAGAUGAAGAGCUCGGCGCAGACGCAGGUGCAGACGCAGACGCAGACGCCGAUGCGGACGAACUCGGCCUCUCCCCGCCCGGUCAGCAACAAAAACAACCACAACCGCCACAACCACAACCGCAAAAGCAACACCUGCGGGCACAACCCAGCAGGACGGAGCUGAGGAAAGCCGCCGCAUCCGCCACAACAACAUCAUCAACAAGACCGCCGCCAUCAUCAACAACAGCAGCAGCAAGACAAAAAACAUCAACAAGAACGACAGCAGCUGCCGUCACGGCGCCGCCGACCACAGCUACAACAACCGUAGCCACAACAGGUACCGCUCCAACAGCUACAGCCCCAACAGGAACAGCUACAACAGCCCCCACAGCUCCACCGGCACCAGCCGCGGCGCGCAAACGGGACCGGCGCGUGAGCAGGACCGCCUCGCGCCGGCGCAGCACGCUCAACCCCUGGGAGCUGGACGCGCUGAUCCAGGGCGGUGUCAGCGGCGUGAGCAAUGGCGGGAGCAGUGGGAAGAAGCUGGCUGCGGAGAGGUGAAGAGCAGCCGGUUGACAUGACACGCGCCCGGGGGAAGUGAGCUGCCUGUUUGCAUGGCAUGACACGCGCCCGGGGGAGGUGAGCUGCAGGUUGGUAUGGCAUGCCACGGGCAGGCCCCCAGGCCUCCGGGGGGGUGGAUUCUGAUUCUGAGUCUUUUGCAUGGGAUGGACAUUACUAAAGUGUGGCCACAUGGGUGGG